GCAGGGGAGGUCUGAUAUAUAAGCGUCGCUUAGAACCUUUCAGAUCAGAACAAGAACGAGAAGGAACAAAGUAAGUUAGCGAACAUUGAAACAAACGAAUUCAAAAUUCAGCAACGCUCAACGGACUAUCUUUGAAUCCCACUCUCGAACAAAGGACUUUAGAGAGAACUUUUCAAGCGCGCGGACUCGUUUAUCUCGCUGUAUGUGUUUGGAUCUGUCAUCCUCUACUAUGGUCAUCAUGGAAGUGCCCACCAUCGACUCGGCCUCGCUUCGCGGUCUGCUGGAGGGAGAUGACCCGGACUGUCUGGUUCUGGACUGUCGCUCGUUUUUCUCCUUCAGCUCGUCUCAUAUUUCGGGCUCCAGUAAUGUGCGCUUCAGUACUAUAGUACGCCGGAGGGCCAGAGGGGGGCUGGGGCUGGAGCACAUUGUACCCAACGAGGACACCAGGAACAGGCUUCUGUCCGGGGAAUACCAGAGUGUUGUGUUCCUGGAUGACCGCAGUCUGGAGAUGGGAGAAGUGAAGAAAGACGGGACUUUAAUGCUCGCCGUGAACGCUUUGUGUCGCAAUCCAUGUGAAGCAAGAGUAUUCCUUCUUAAAGGUGGAUUCGAGACGUUUUCCUCUGAGUUUCCUGAAAUGUGUACAAAGCCAGAUCCUCCACAAGGCUUGAGUUUACCUCUGAGCUCUAGCUGCCAUUCAGACACUACUGAUUCUUCAUGUAACUCAUGUACAACCCCUCUGUAUGAUCAGGGUGGCCCUGUAGAAAUUUUGCCGUUCCUAUAUUUAGGCAGUGCCUAUCAUGCCUCCAGAAAAGACAUGCUGGACAUGUUGGGAAUCACAGCACUCAUUAACGUCUCUUCCAACUGCCCCAACCACUUUGAAGACCACUAUCAAUACAAGAGUAUUCCUGUUGAGGACAACCACAAAGCCAACAUCAGUUCCUGGUUCAAUGAAGCUAUCGAAUUUAUCGAUUCUGUACGGAAUAAAGGUGGACGUGUCUUCGUUCACUGCCAAGCGGGUAUUUCGCGCUCUGCUACCAUCUGUUUGGCUUAUCUGAUGCGCACCAACCGUGUCAAGCUUGAAGAGGCCUUUGAGUUUGUCAAACAGCGGCGCAGCAUCAUCUCACCCAACUUCAGCUUCAUGGGGCAGCUUCUGCAAUUUGAAUCCCAAGUGCUUGCCUCCUCUACGUGUUCGUCAGCGGCAGGAAGCCCCGCCAUUAGCAAAAGCAGCACAGUUUUCAAUUUCGCCAUCCACACAGUGGCCAGCCCUCUUUCCUUCCUGCAGAGUCCCAUCACUACCUCGCCCUCGUGCUGAGACGGACUCUUUGAAGUGGUCUGAUUCGUUGUCUCACCUCUUGACUGGCUUAUUUAUAUGAUGACUGUAUGAUCCCUGAGGUGAUCAUACCAGUAUUAAGGCUCAGGAACUUUUAUUUCCUGUUUUGCCACCAAUAUUCCAUGAUUGCUCACUGUUGUGUGUGUAAGGGGAUGGCUGAUGAAGCCUAGCUCCCCCAGACAGUUUUAGCAUUUUAACACUGUGGUCCAUACUUAAAACCAAUCUGAUGUGACAAACCAAUUUGAAACACUCCAUUUCACCUCCAUGAGAAUCUCUCCUUUUUUUAAUUUGUUGAUGAGUCUCUUGACUAUUGAUAAUCAGGUUUUUGGUUAUCUCUUAGCAUCGAAAAAAGCCCCGUCUCUUAAAGGUUGCUCAGGGAUUGUUUUCAUUUUUUAUGUUGAUGGUGUUACUAUUAUUAUGUUUUUUUUUUUUUAGGAGAGUAGUCCAGGGAGAUGGGCAGUUGUUAGACAUGAAGGUGCUAGUCGUUAUGUGUACUGCUAAUUUUUUUUUUUUGAACCGUGAAUGUAGUUCUGUGUAGUCUUUGCCUUAAGACAGUGGAAGUUGAAACAAUGAGCCUGUCAUGCCUUUUUAGAAUGCAAUCCGAUUCUUCAAGAUGUUUGUUUGUCCGUGAACAAUCACAAGAAUACCUCAUGUGUCUGUACUGUUGUCAGUCCGGUAAGAGUCCUCCAAUAAGCACUACCAACAGGAAUGACUCUUGCGAGGCUGUUUUGAUAUGUGUGACUAUUUAUUAACUAAAUUAAUAUAUUAUGCUAUAUUUUUUCAUAUAUUUGUGAUACUUGUUGCUGACAAUAAACGUUUUUUUUAUACAU